AUGCAUCUGCUGUUCACACUAUCGGCGGCCCUUGCUGGCGCUGCCAUGGCCCUCGAUCCUAUAUGCGACAGCGAGUGCCAGGCCAGCUGCGACGCGGAAUGCCAGACUGCCAUCCAGACGACCUACGAAGCAGAGGCAGCACUUUGGGUCGGCGACAUUAUCUCUGAUCCUUUCUAUUCGACACCUGCCAACGUCACCGGAGCCAAACCUGGAGAUAUUCUCCGCUGGGAGAACGUCCCUGCAGCUCAGCUGGCUUCCAAUUGGACACUACCGGCCAGUCUGUCGCUCUCACGCGUUCUUUACAUGACCGAGGAUAUCGAUCGGAAGCCCAUUCCGGCCUCGGCUUGGGUUCUCUUACCAUUCACCAACCCGUUUGCCAACCCCCAGGGAACGCCGGAGGAGAACAAGCUGCGAACCAUUGUCUGGACGCACGGAACAGCAGGCCGCAGUAGACUCUGCGCUCCCACUAACAACAAGGGUCUGUACUACGACUGGAAGGCUCCCUUCAUUCUCGCUGAGUCGGGAUAUGCUGUUGUUGCUCCGGACUAUGCGGGUCAGGGGUCAGACAUCCCCCAAGGAUUUAUGUACGAGUCUGGAUUCCUCCAUGCUGCUGAUGUCGCCUAUGCUCUCAUUGCUGCGAGGAAGGGCCUUGGAGAUAUUCUCAGCCAGAAGUGGAUGGUUUACGGUCACAGUGAAGGCGGAAUGACUGCCUGGCGAACCAAUGAGCGUUUGGCCAUGCCUGACCAAGAGGCCCUUUUGGCUGCCGGCGAGUUCGUCGGUUCCGUUGCGGCAGCCCCUGCCCUGCGUCCUCAGAAGCUGAUCCCAGCAACGCUUGAACGAGCUCAGGGCCAAGCCGCUCGGGACCCCUUCUCCGUCUACUUCCUUCAGUCUCUCUCAAGGCUUUACCCAGACCAGAUCAAGGUAGAGGACUACCUCGGCGAGAUUCCUCUGCAAAGACUCGGAGCUCUGGACAAGUCAUGCUUCCAGACAGGGUUUGCCAUUGUCGGUGGCUUUACGCCUGAUCAGCUUUACAAGAACACUAGUUGGCUUACGCAUCCCGCAACAAACGACUGGGCCGUCCGAUACAACGGUCAGGGACCCCAUGCUAUUGCGGCUCCCAUGCUUGUUAUCCAGGGCUCGACAGACACAAUCACUCCGGCCAACCUGACAUUGGACGACUUCAACCAGACAUGCACCACCUUCCCUGAGAGUCCAGUACAUGCUCGCGUGUAUCCGGAUAUGGGACACGGUCAGGUUUUGGAGGCCGCCAGGGCUGAUGUCGCUGCUUGGAUCGCCGCGAGAUUUGAAGGAGUUCCCGUUGAGAAGACCUGCGUCCACGAAGACGUCAAGCCGUUCACCGAUCGCUACGUACGCCGUGGGUGA